AUGAAGGUGCGGGUUAGCUGGAUGGCCCCAGUGAACUCCGGUGCCGCCAACGAUGUGGUGCAGUUCGCCGUGUACUACCGUGAAGAAAGUACCGAUAGUACCUCACAACAUGUGCUCAAUUGGUCCAGGUAUACCACGGAAAUGUUUGCAUCGUCAGUGGAGCUGGCGAACCUCAAUGACAAAUCUACCUACGCGCUUCGCGUCACUUCCGUCGAUCGACACGGUAAUGAAGGCCCUUCUUCCCCAAUGGUUUACAUCAAACCGACGAGACAGAAUCGAACUGAAGCAGCCAGAACCAACCGAAUCGCUGGUGGAAGCGGAUUGUCAAAGAGGGUUGUCGGCCCGGACCAUUAUGCAGUGCGAAAUUUGAAAUGCGCCGAGGAGGAACCUGAUAGGAUCCUAUUGCAAUGGUUCCCACCGGCAGAAGUGCACCAUCUUGUGGAAUAUCAGGUCCAACACACCGGAAGAAAAGAGUUCAUUACAAAAACCGGAAUCUCGAAAGUGGUUCACUUGGGUGAAGGUGUUCUUCGACAUGUACCACACAAAUCCGGAGAGAUGGUUGUUUCAGGUCGGGUCCCGAAUAGACUUAGUCUUUUGGACAGGCGUGGACAUCUAGAGUCUCUUCAAAUCGAGCAGCUCAUUCCAAACGGUCAAUAUGAGUUCACUGUGCGCCCGAGAUAUAAGAGCGGUAAGAUGGAUGAACCUACAGGCGUCUCCGUUUCCGUAGUUUGCCGAACAAAAUGGAUAAAGCCCAAUGAGAUCAGACCGCCGGAGUUGGAGGCACUGCAUCCGAUUCCGAUUGGGUCGUCGAAUUACAGCACGUUGGUGGAAAUUCGCGUCUUCCGAGUCUCCGGUGAAAAUGGACCAAUACAUCGAUAUUUUGUCAUUGUUGCGCCGGAUGGACCAGAUAGGCACGCCUGUACGAAAAGGCCGGGUGAUUUAAGUCUGAACGAGUUGUCAGAAAAUGCGCUAACACCAAAUAGAGAGUUACCAUAUCUGGCAAUUGCAACAGCUCAGCACAGACUGUUCAAGGUAAACCAAGAUAGUGCCAUCGUUGUUUUGGGAAGAGAACAACCGAAACGAGGAGCGCGCUCAGUACAGGGCACUGAACUAGUGGGGGAAGAGAGUCAUGGAUUGGAUGAUGAGAACGACUCGCCCUUUAGCUUUGGUGAACCCGUUGACAUCGAUGAAUUUCGCGCAUUCAAUAAACCGCUCCAUCCACAAUUCACUUAUUGUGCGGCGUCCAGAACGUGCUCUUUAUAUCCAGAUGGAAGUCGCCUGUGCGCAUCCAGUGAGUGGUCGGAGCCCAUUUAUCUCAAGGAAUCAACAAAUCCUAGCCUUGUGACAUUGCAUCUUUCCCCCUCCUCAUCCAUCCCCUCGUGGCAUCCGACUAAGCUUGUAGUGACCAUCGUUGGAUUGGUGUGUGGCAUGGCCAUCUUCGCCUUCAUCAGUGUUGUGCUCGCUUACAAUAUUCGAUACAAGAAAAGAGAACUGAAUGAGGAAAACGCUGGUGGGUUGUGGUGCCAGUGGAAAGCAAAAUUGAAAGCAGAUAAGGGCAAUUCAAUGUCAUCCGGCGAAAUGAAGAAACUGGACACAUUGUUUUUGAACCAUCAAAUGUAUGAUGACCCGCCACGCAGCCCAUGCUCCUACCCGUCAUUAGGAUCUCUCCUCAGGAAAUCUUCCAAUGACCUGCAGAGCCCAACACAGUCGAGUGCAGUACUAACAAGCGAUUAUCGACCACUAAGGCCAAGUGCUGGAGGAUUAGUUACCGAUUUAGCAGUCAGCACUAUCUACCCAGAACGGACCCACUACUCGCACUUGCGUGACCUAUGUGGGAUUGAGAUACGUGUUGGAACACCAAGCGACAAACAUUGCCAGUCGCCCAGCUCGCCAAGCAGAAGUUUGAAAAGUUGCGCUCAUGCCUUUGAAAGCCAUGGUUUGGUAAUCGCAACUGAGGAAGCAAAGCAAAGCAAUCUAUUCUCUAGUAUGGAGAAAAGCCAAUCCUUUGCCGGACGAAUCCCGAUACCAAUGUCCCAAUUUGUCGAUUUUGUGAGUGAUGCAAAACAUGACAAACAUUUCGUGCUAGCUGACGAAUUCCAUUCGAUUGAACGCGAAUCGAAGAAACAUUGCUUCUCCAUUGCUCAAUCUACGUUGGAUCAAAACCAAGCGAAAAACCGAUGCACUAGUGUGGUUCCAUUUGAUUACAAUCGUGUGCAGCUCCGAGGACACAGCAACGGUUCUCGAUCGGAUUACAUCAACGCCAGCUACAUCGAUGGGUACCAAAGGCCAAAGGCUUACAUUGCGACGCAGGCCCCCCUGCCAGAGACUAUGAAGGAUUUUUGGACUAUGGUCUGGGAGCAACAGGCGCAGGUGAUCGUCAUGCUUACAAGAUUCGUGGAGAGAGGCGAAAUUCAAUGCGAUCGUUACUGGCCCUUGAACGGAUCCAUCCUCUACGGAUCGAUUAAUGUAACUCACUUGGAUGCUACCGAGUUGGCCUACUACACCAUGCGUACUUUCUGGCUGCAGAACAUGGAGUGCUCAGAACAGCGAAAAGUUUGGCAUUUGCAGUAUACCAACUGGCCUGAGGAAAUGAGCCCGAUACAUUCGACCACGUUUCUACUGUUCAUGCGGCGUAUAGGCACGGUGACACCUGUAAAUAAUGGUCCAUUGUUAUUGCAUUGUUCUCUUGGAGCUGGGCGAACAGGCCUAUUCAUUGCUAUAGACAUACUGUUGGAACAAAUAAAGAAUGAGCACUGUUUGGAGGUGUACAGUCUUGUGAAUCGAUUAAGGGCGCAGCGCAUGCAGCUUGUGGCCACGUUGGAAGAGUACGACUUCAUCUAUCACUCGCUCAGGGAGGCCAUUAUCGAUGGAAACACAGAGAUAUUUGCACGAAACUUGGGCAGCCACAUGAAGCAUUUGAGCACUAUUCAACCAACAUCCAACGGACAAUCAUUGUACAAGUCGACCGAGUUUAAAAGAUUGCGUACAGUUGCAUCCGAAUUGAACUGUGACGGAUAUCAAGUUGAAUUUCGCAAGAUAAACGCGGGGCAGUUAACACCAAGAAUCUGGGGUACAUGGUCAGUAGGUGGUGUUACACAGUCAACCACCAUGGAAUUCCUUUCUAGAUGCCACAGACAAGUAUUGACUUGUGAGACAGCUGGAACCCCGGCGAACCAACCAAAGAAUCGCGUUGCAAAUGCGGUACCCUUCGAUUGGAACAGAGUGUGUUUGCACGCAGUCCGAGGAGUGGAUGGCUCCGAUUACAUCAAUGCCAGUUUCGUUGAUGGCUACCGAGUGAGAAAUGCAUACAUCGCCGCACAGUCUCCGAUGGCGUCUACCGUUGAAGAAUUUUGGCGUAUGAUUUGGGAACAUCGGAGCAUCAUCAUUGUGAUGAUGUGUGAUAUCGAGGAAGGCGGCAGAGAACAAUGUUUCAAAUAUUGGCCUACCGCAAAUACCGUGCGUUACCAGUUCUUCGUAAUUGAUCCGAUUGCCGAAUACAAGCAUCCUGGUCACAUCGUUCGAGAAUUCAAAAUCACCGACGCUCGGGACGGGGAGUCUCGAAUCGUACGUCAGCUUCAAUAUAUGUGUUGGCCAGAGCAUGACGUACCUGCUGGAGGAAAUAGUCUCAUCGAUUUAAUCGGACAAGUUCACAAAAUGCGGAAUCAAACGGGUAGUGCCAUUCCUAUCACAGUUCACUGCAA